CCCCGUCGCCAUGCCCGAGCCGAAGAGGAGAAGAGGAGCUCCUCGGCACGUCUCCUCUCUCCUCGGGCUCGUGUCUUCGCUGCCCGCCGUCUGCCUCCUCCACCUCAGCCUCUGCGCGGCCCGCUCGGCGGCGCAGCAGACGGCGCCCGUCGUGUCCACGGCGCAGGGGCGCAUCCGCGGCGUCCUGACCCCGCUGCCGUCGGACCUCCUGGGCCCCGUCAUCCAGUACCUGGGGGUGCCCUACGCCAGGCCCCCGACCGGGGACCGACGUUUCCAAGCGCCCGAGCCGCCCUUACCCUGGCCCGGAAUACGGAACGUGACCCAGUUCGCGCCCGUUUGCCCGCAGUCGCUGGACGAGAGGAGCAUGCUGGGAGACAUGAUGCCUUCCUGGCUCACGGCCAACCUGGACAUCGCGGCCACCUACCUGACCCACCAGAGCGAGGACUGUCUUUACCUCAACAUCUACGUGCCCACCGAGGAAGACAUCCACGAGGAGGGCGGGCAGAGGCCCGUGAUGGUCUACGUCCACGGCGGCUCGUACACGGAAGGCACCGGCAACAUGAUGGACGGCAGCGUGCUGGCGAGCUACGGCAACGUCAUCGUCAUCACGCUCAACUACCGGCUCGGCGUGCUCGGAUUUCUGAGUACAGGGGACCAGGCCGCCAAAGGAAACUACGGCCUGCUGGACCAGAUCCAAGCUCUGCGCUGGGUCAAGGAGAACGUUGCGGCGUUUGGAGGAGAUCCAAACAGGGUGACCGUGUUCGGGUCUGGAGCUGGAGCUUCCUGCGUCAGUCUACUCACUUUGUCUCACUACUCUGAGGAUUUGUUCCACAGGGCCAUCAUCCAGAGCGGCAGCGCUUUAGCCAGUUGGGCCGUCAACUACCAGCCCAGCAAGUACGCCCGACAGCUGGGGGAGCGGGUGGGCUGCGGCGUCGACGACAGCGGCCAGCUGGUGGCCUGCCUCCAGGGCCGGAGCUACCGAGAGCUGGUGGAGCAGCACGUCAUGCCGGCCAAGUACCACACGGCUUUCGCCCCGGUGAUCGACGGGGACGUGAUACCAGACGACCCGCAGAUCCUGAUGGAGCAGGGGGAGUUCCUCAACUAUGACGUCAUGCUGGGGGUGAAUCAGGGCGAGGGGGUGAAGUUCGUGGAGGGCAUCGUUGACUCAGAGGACGGCGUCACGGCCGAGGACUUUGACUUUGCCGUGUCGGACUUUGUGGACAGUCUCUAUGGAUACCCGGAAGGCCGCGACACGCUGAGAGAGAGUAUAAGGUUCAUGUACACGGACUGGGCCGACCGCGACAACGCGGAGACCCGACGGAAGACUCUGGUGGCGUUGUUCACGGACCACCAGUGGGUGGCUCCGGCCAUCGCCACUGCGGACCUCCACGCUCAGUACGGCUCACCCACCUACUUCUACUCCUUUUACCACCACUGCCAGAGCGAAGCCACGCCUCCCUGGGCAGACUCUGCACACGGCGAUGAGGUGCCGUACGUGUUCGGCGUGCCCAUGGUGGGUCCCACCGAUCUGUUCAACUGUAACUUCUCCAAGAACGACGUGAUGCUCAGCGCCGUGGUGAUGACCUACUGGACCAACUUUGCCAAGACGGGGGACCCCAACCAGCCCGUCCCCCAAGACACCAAGUUCAUCCACACGAAACCGAACCGGUUCGAGGAGGUCGCCUGGCCCAAGUACACCCCCAAAGAGCAGCUCUACCUCCACAUUGGCCUGAAACCCCGCGUCAGAGACCACUAUCGGGCCACGAAGAUCUCCUUCUGGCUCCAGCUGGUUCCUCACCUGCAUCACGUCAACGAGCUCCUGCAGUCGGUGUCCUCCUUUACGCAUAGCCCCUCCCCGCAGGACGACACUCCUUAUUCUUACACCAAGCGCCUCUCCAAGGGAUGGCCUCCGAGUAGCACCCGCCAUCCGGGGUCUCAAGCAGGUACGCAACAGCCUCCGGAGUCUGCUCUAGGACAGGGCGGCGGCGAAAACGGAGUCCACGUCCCCAACGAGGACUAUUCGACGGAACUUUCGGUGACCAUCGCGGUGGGAGCGUCGCUGUUGUUUCUUAACAUCUUGGCGUUCGCCGCUCUACUCUACAAGAAAGACAAGAGGCGGCUGGAGCAUCGCCGGCCACGUCCGCUCCCUCCCCCGCGGCGAGAUAUCACGGCCGCGGAUGUUGCCGCUCACCUUCAGGGUGAAGGACUGAUGUCACUACAGGUGAAGCAGCUGGAGUCCGACGCGGCGUCAGCGGACGAGAGGAACAACACGCACCACCAUCACACUCUGGACACGCUGGACGCUCUGGACGGCUUGGACACGCAAGACAUCUACAGCACGCUGGACACGGUGCGCCUCACCUGCCCGCCCGACUACACCCUCACCCUGCGCCGCUCGCCCGACGACGUCCCCCUCAUGACCUCGCUCACCCCGGGCUCGCUACCCGUGACGCCGGGCUCGCACACCGUUACCCCCGCCACGCCCAUGACCCCCAUGACGCCCGGGUCUGUGGUGGGGAUGAGGAUGGGCCAUCCCCACCAGGGAUACACGCACCACAGCCCGUAUAGUAACACGCACUUGCCGCACACGCACAUCUCCACGCACACACACUCUACCACGCGUGUAUAACCGCAGCGAGAAUCUUGCCCCCAGCGGGACAUAAUUACAACACACAUGCUUCUACACAGACACACACACACACACACACACACACACACAAAACAACGAUAGGACACAAAUACCUCUACUAAUUACCCUGCAGGAUUGUUCCAGAGACAACAGCUGUGUGGGAGCUGAUGACGAAGUGGAGAUGCACUUCUAUGAACGGCAAUCGGAACGACAGCUUUGAAUACGACACCGUGCGUUCGUUCUAGACAACGCUCGAGCAACAGCAGUCAGUGAGGGACCAACUUGUAUCUGGCGCAUCUUCCGAUAGGACGACGAGCUAUAGCGGUCAGCGGUGGGCCGACUUGUAUCUGGCGCAACUUUGGAUAGGACACCGCCUCCUUGUUCAAGGCGGCGCUCGAGCGACAGCGAUUAGCUGCGGGCCAACUUGUACCUCUGACGUGACUUAAAGGAGUGUCAAGAUGCGGAACUGACCACACCGAGAGAGCGAGAUUGAGAGAGAGAGUGAGACAGAACGAGGCUGGGGCUGUCCGACUGAACAACCUGUGAAAUGUGAAUGUAGCGUUCUUUUUCUGUUUUUCAACAAAAAAAAAAAAAAAGAAAGAUGUGCCCCGGAUCAAGUUGAGCUAAGGAGAACGUCAUAAAGCAGAAGAACAAGAGGGAAUACAUAUUUAAAAGAAAAUAACCUUAGCUGAAGGAAAAGCAAACGAUUAGGACUUUACCGAGAGGAAUAUACUGUACCAGCCCUCCGAGAUGUUCCAACAGAGCAUCAAUCUAACCAGCUAUGUGUUCAACGAUUGUAAAUAGAAUGAUAAAGAUGAUGAUUUAUAGCAUUGACUUGAUCUUGCAUUGACUUAUUUAACCACAUUAUUGCUUUCAUUUCCGAUAUUACUCUAUUAUUGUAUAGCUGUCCUGAAGCAAAGCUGGUUGUAACUGUAUGUCACCUACUUUAGGCUUUAUUUGCUAUACGUCAUCAUUUCUAUCAGUCUCAUGUCAUCGUCUCGGUACGCUUGUUUGGACGUCGAAAUUAUGGGGCAUUUUUGAACACCGUCCUGUCGAAUUGUUUGACCACCAGGUGACGAGAUAGAAUUGUGUAGAUAAUGCAAUAUCGUGAAGAUGAUUGCGCCCCAGCCAGCCGCCUUUAACCAUGAACGACCCUUGCCCACCUUUCCCUUCACCUGCCCGUAAAUUCCUAAAAAUGUUGAAAGAUGUUAUUUAGUAUUUAUUUAUUUAUUUAUUUUAGUUAUUUUGAAGCCUGGCUAUUAUGAUUCUGAGGUGUUGUGGGGGUGGGGGGAAAAAAAUCCUAGCAAAUUAAGAUUUUACCUCCAUUGCUCACAGCGUUAAACAAUACCAAAAAGAACCCCUAAAAUAAGAAUAAUAAUUACAAAAAAAAAACAAAAAAACAUAAGAAGUGUGUUGUAUAUGAACCAGUUUUUUUCUUUAAUUAGUAUUUUCUUAGCAACCACUUCCACACAAUUGUAGUUUGUGAGAUUAAUUUUUUUGUUUAACCAGCAUAAUUAUCAUAUUUUUGCAUUCAACUUAACAUAAUAAUUGCAUUCUGAUAAGAAGAAAAAAAGGAAAUUGAAGUCAAGCCAUCCAUCCAUUUGACAAAUGAGUCACUUCCUGUAAUUUAAAAAAAAAAAAAAAAAAAAAAGAUCACUGAUAAUUGUUAUGUGAACUGAUAGGGCAAGGAACCGUAAUUAUAUGAUUUCUCCCGGCCAAUCAACAGAUAAAACCUAAUGACAAAAUUGUAUAUUAAACCGGUAUAGAAUUAUUUUUAAUAUGAUGGGAAUGAAAAAAAGCUUUGUAAUGUCCUGCAAUAAUUUCCCGGGAUUCAAGUUUUGAAUUUCCAAAUCGUUUAAAAAGUGCUCGAUAAAGGGUUAGGUUCUUUACACUUUUAUUCUAAAAAAAAAAAAAAAAUUAAAUAAAACGAGAGAAUUCCAGAAUCAUUCGACCGUUUGUUGUUCAAAACUUGAUAAACUAAUCUCAUGCUCCAUUUUUAACACUUAAAACGUCCUCCUCCUUGUUUUUGAAUCAAACUGUCAUCUUAUUAGUCAGGCUUCAGCUUCUUGUGUAAAUCAUAACGUGCUCUAAUUUGGAAAGAUUUUGGAGGUUAUCCAGCUGACUACACACAGAAUGCUUAAGGGCUCUUUUGUCAGUUUGUGUCACCGCGUUACGUUUCAAAGCAUUUGGAGAAUAAAUAGCAGUCCAUUCAUAUUAACUAGUCAUGUGCAGAAGUGAUGCUGCGCUCAUAGCCGCCACUAAAAUUGACAAAGGGCCAAUCUUGUUUGCUGUUGUAAAUCUCGAAGCCUCGCCUGUUUGCCAACCACUCGUACUUGUAUUUUCACUUCAGUAACUCUUUCACAAAAGCCUCAACUCCCGUGUUGUGUUUUCCAUGGCCUUACCCGAACCUCCAUACUCCCAACCGUGCCACUUUGCCAUCGUAUUGAAUCCUAAAUCCAUGAGAGAUUUUUGUUAACUGUCAGCCAAACACCUGAAAAACAACACUGUCAAAUUGUGGAUGGCGGAAAAAGAGCUUUUGCAUAAAAAAGAGAAGAAGAGAAAUCCCAUUGAAACGGGUGAUUGAGGUAUAUUCUUUUUCAUAUUGACUAGGUGGAUGGGUAGAUUGUGUCUAAGCAUAAAACAUUUCUGCUGCAUUUUUGAAAAAUAAAAUUAUCAAUAUUUUACAAUUUAUGAGCAAUUGAAAUGUCUUGUAUGUCUUGA